AUGGAAGUGACACGCAAAUCUUUUAAAGACUGUUUAAACUUGGUGUACGCCGCGAUAGAGGAGGCCGACUUUCUCGCAAUCGAUGGAGAGUUUUCAGGGAUCAGCGAUGGACCCAGCGUCAGUGCGCUCACCAAUGGGCUGGACACACCGGACGAACGCUACACCAAGCUUAAAAAGCAUUCCAUGGAUUUUCUACUCUUUCAAUUUGGGCUGUGUACCUUCAAAUAUGACCAGAAAGACUCAAAGUAUAUCACAAAGACUUUUAACUUUUAUAUAUUUCCAAAACCUUUCAAUCGGACUUCGCCUGACAUCAAAUUUAUCUGCCAAAGUUCAAGUAUUGACUUUUUGGCCAGUCAAGGCUUUGACUUCAACAAGGUAUUCUGCCAUGGAAUCCCCUACCUGAACCAAGAGGAAGAGGCCCAGCUGAGGGAGCAAACUGAGGAGAGGCGGAGUCAGCAGGCCAACGGUGUUGGUACUCCGUCCUUCAUCUCGCCGUCCUCCAAAGGGCCUGCUCAUGUGCCCGACGAGCACAAGGACUUCAUCAACAGGGUGGUGGAGAAGGUGGAGGCCCUGUUCGUUGGCACCGACAAGACUGUCGACCUGGAGCCGUGCACUGGGUUCCAGAGGAAGUUGAUAUACCAGACACUCAACUGGAAGUUUCCAAAGGGGCUCCAUGUGGAGACCAUGGAAAUAGAUAAGAAGGAGCGCUUUAUCCAAGUCAGUAAGGUGGAUGAAGAGGAGAAGAAAAAGAUGGAGCAGCAAAAACUGGAAAAGGAGCAGGGACAGUUAAAUGAUGCCGUCGGCUUUUCUCGGGUCAUCCACGCCAUCUCCAAAUCUGGUAAACUAGUGGUGGGCCACAACAUGCUACUGGACGUGAUGCAUACCAUCCACCAAUUCUACUGUCCUCUACCUGAAGAUCUUCAAGAUUUUAAAGAGGUCACCAUGUGUGUUUUCCCGAGGCUUUUGGAUACAAAGUUGAUGGCGUCCACUCAACCCUUUAAGGAUCUGAUUAGCAACACAUCUCUAGCGGAGCUGGAGAAGCAACUGAACGAAAGCCCUUUUAAGGCUCCUCAAAUUGAGGCGGCCGAAGGGUUUCCCAGUUACAACACAGCCAAGGAGCAGCUGCACGAGGCCGGCUAUGACGCCUACAUAACUGGACGUUGCUUCAUCUCCAUGGCCAACUUCCUGGGUUCCUUUUUAACGCCACCCAGAGCGUACGUAUCGGCUCAGUCCAAACUUGUCGAGCCUUUCUAUAACAAACUUUUCCUGAUGAGGAUAAUAGACAUCCCCUACCUCAAUAUCACAGGACCAGACUUGCAACCGAAGAGAGACAAUGUCCUCUAUGUGACCUUCCCCAAAGAAUGGAAGACCAGUGACCUCUACCAGCUUUUUAGUGCCUUCGGAAACAUUCAGGUCUCAUGGAUGGACGACACGUCCGCAUUUGUGUCCCUCAGUCAAACUGACCAGGUACAAAUAGCUAUGAACACCAGCCGCUACGCUGAGAGCUACAAGAUCCAGACGUAUGCAGAGUACGUCCAGCGAAAGCAGCAGGAGAAAGAGAAGUUGACUCCUGCUUCUAAGUCCUGGAUGGAAGACGGGUGGGUGAAGUCUCACUACGCAGCUUCUGGUGCUUCUGGCGGCUUCGGAUACUCCAGAGCUCUGAGGAAGCGUAGCGGCAGUCCCACUGUAGCGGAACAGGGAAGCCCAGAGGCCGGAGAUGGCUGGAGUAACUACUCGUUCCCAGACAACGCGGGAAGCAAGAAGAUGAAAACCGAUGAAGUUGUGGAGAGCAAAACGUCAGAGGGAUGGUUAAAGACCAGUGACACAAAAGAAUCCUUCGGGUCAAGUCCCGUCCUGGAGGGAGAUGGUGCCGAUCCAGUGAAAGAUACCGAGGGGACACUUAGCUGGCAACAGGCCUCAGCAGAUGCAGCGGUGCCAGCACGUAAAAGUCAAAAGAAUAAGAAGAAGAAAUCUGAAGCUGCUGGUGCGUCUACAUCACUGUUUGAGGUUCCUGAGGUAUGGUAG